GACAAUCGCACAACGACAACGAUGGAAACGUAUGUGCUCGCGUAUGCGCCGCACGGUAUUAUCAAUGUAUUUAUAGUGGUGGGUGCAUGUAUACAUGUAUGUAUAUGUGUGUGUGUUUGAACUCAACAUACAUUACACACAUUGUAUACUCUCUUUUUUUUGUUCUGCUUCUCCUAUUUAGUGCGAGAGCGAUACCGCAAUGGCCUAGCACUCAAGCGAGGAAAAGCAUUUGCUGACGAAAAGUUCGUGUGUACGACACGAAAAAUGGCGUUCGAUUGAUUUGGCAGUGUAGUUUUCACAUCAGCAGCAACAUCAACAGUAACCGUAUAGUAUUUGUGUAUUCCGCGCGCGCUGUCUAACCAAUUUCUAAUGCUCUUUAUUUUCUGACUCGAUUCUCGGACUGGUUUUUUGUGUAUCACACAUUUUUUGAAGAAAAAAAAUUUUUUUACAUGAAAACACACAAAGCAACGACAAAAAAACACAAAUCAAAGAAUUUAAAAUCUUAGUGGAUCACAAGUGGAAAUUUUCCGUGGAUAUUCCAGUACGAGAGCAAAAGAAAAACAAUAAAAGUUAAAUAGUGCAUCUACAACAACAACAACAAAAAAGCCAGGAAUGAAAACAAGCUACCAAAACAAAUCGUAGCCCAUUGGAACAUCUAUCAGUGUGAAUCCGUUUGAAGAGCAGAAAAAAAGUUAGAAUCAGAUACGACAGAUCCAUACAAUAAAUCUGGACAAAAUUUAACAAACAGUUCGUAUGUGUAUUGCCGAAGAAGACAAGCAUUGCUGCAGCAAAAGAUAAUUCAAAACAAACUACAACUCAUUAAUAAAACAAAAAAGAAAAAAAAUAACCGUGGCUGUUCAGUGUUUGUAAAUGUUUUUUUUUUUUUUUGGUGGAGUGACAGGGAGGAUAUUAGAGAGAAUUAACAACACUUAUCAACAAAUGAAAACGCAGUUUUAUGUGCAUUUAAGAUUCGUGCGCAUACAUUGAGACGGGGAAAAGAAAUAGCGGUAACCUGUAAAGAAAAAAAUUCAACGACGGAACAAUUAAACGAUUUUCCAUCAAAAUCUGUACAAAAAUUCGAAUCGAAUCAAUGUACACAAAUCGUCAAUACAAAGCUGGUGAAAAGUGAAAACAAGACAAGGCAAAGAAGAAGAAAAAAAAAUACGAGAAGAAGAAGAAGAGGCGAAAAAAAAUCGUCACUUAACAAUAGCCCAACACGGCACCGAGCAAUUUGUAAGUGAUUUUGAGUACAACACACAGCAACAAGAAGAAGAACGAGAAGAAGAAGUAAUAAUAUAAUAAGAGAAAAAUAACACACAUACGAAAGAGAGAGAGAGAGAGAGAGAACCAGUCAGCCAAACUCACUGACACACACCAUCACAUCAAUUCAGAAAUCGGCUACUACAAUACACAAAAAUUGUGUAUGUUUUUUUCUCCUUCUUCUUCUUUUCUCUCUCUCGUGAUUUUGUGAAACGUAAGACCAGCAGUGUGCGUUUCAUUGAAAAUGCUUUCCCUCGUCUACUGCAUGAAAUCGAUUCGCAUGAGAAUUUGCACGGAAACCAAUUAACAAUUUUGAAUUUUUCUCUGUACGGAUUUUGUUUUCUUCUUCCCUCGAUUCGAAUCGUAUCAGAAAAUCCGACCAACGAAUAGAGAGAAAAACCAAAAAAUAAAAAAUAAAAUCAACAAACAAUCUGUGACUCUUACUCUGUGUACCGUUCCUAGUGUGUUGUCGAUUGUAUUUUUCUUCUGUGUUUUCGUUUUUGCACCGUAACCAAAAGGCUGUCGCGCGCGCGACCCAUGUGUAUGUGUGUGCGGUAAUCAUCGAAUGUGUUCAUGUGUAAGUUUUUCAGUGUGUUUGUAAGUGCUUUUCCAUCAUUCCUUCGUACAUAUUUAUAAACAAUGCCGAGUGAAGAUCAAAAAGACCAUAUGAGUAACCAGCAACCACAGCAUCAACAACAACAGCAUCAGCAGCAAGAUACAAAAACCGCGGUAAACUCAAAUACCAAACCAAAUUCGACCAUUAGUAAUGAAAUUGCCAACGUAACACAUGCAUUCAAAGAGAAGAAAAAACUGGUUCGACGAGCAUUUUCAAUGCCAAGAAAUUUAUUUCGUUUAUCCCGUCGCAUAAAAAUCAGUAGUUCGGCUAGUACAGCUGCGAAGAUUUCAACGCCAAUCGAUGCAAAUACAACGGCCGCAUCAGCAGCAGCAAUCAGUUGCAAUCAAUCGGUGCAAACAAAUUGCGAUGAGCAAAACAACAAAUUGAAUAUGGAAAAUGCGGAAAAUAACAAACAUCGAACGUUGCCAGUGUCAUCGUCGUCAUCGUCGCAGAUGUCACAGUCGGAUGCAAAACAGCAGCAGAAGCACCAUCUCCCCGAAGCCAAACCAGAGCAAGACAAUAAACAUCGUCUAUUCCGUCGUUCCACAUGGAAGAAGUUCCUCUUCACCCGCUUCAUUCUACAAUCAAUUAGUCUCAAGGCCAAACAAACGACGACAACAAAUACAACGACCACAAAUGGACGUGUACCACCAUUGAAUCGGCAUGCUUGGCCGCCACAUCGUAUACCUGGAGUGGUUGGUUUGCAGAAUCACGGUAAUACAUGCUUCAUGAAUGCGGUGCUACAGUGCUUGAGUCACACUGAUAUUUUGGCAGAGUAUUUUGUCCUCGACCAAUACAAGGCUGAUUUGAAGCGUCGCAACAAGAUCAAUUCUCGUAAGUUUGGUACAAAGGGCGAACUAACGGAGCAACUGGCGUUGGUGCUGAAGGCGUUAUGGGCGUGCAAAAAUGAAUCGGAUUAUAGUACCAGUUUUAAAGCGGUAGUGGAUCGCUAUGGUACACAAUUCCGUAGUUCAACACAACAUGAUGCUCAAGAGUUUUUAUUUUGGUUGCUGGACAAAGUGCACGAGGAUCUGAAUACGGCUUCCAAGCGAAAAUACAAACCAAUCAAGAAUAACUAUGGACGUCCGGAUGAAGUAAUCGCCGCCGAAACAUUGGCCAAUCAUAUUCGUUGCAAUAAUUCGUUUGUGCAAGCGGUAUUUCAGGCGCAGUUCCGAUCAUCAUUGGCCUGUCCACGAUGUCACAAGCAAAGCAAUACCUUUGAUCCAUUCCAUUGCAUUUCGGUGCAACUUCCGCAGUUGGCGCAGCAAUUUGUAUUUGUGACGGUUUUGUAUGCAAAACAACAUCCGCGACAAGUGAAACUUGGACUGAGCGUUCCGCUAGGAUCACCCAUUGUUGCGUUACGUGAACAACUUCAAGCCGAUACGGGCAUUCCAUUGGAUCGUAUGGUUUUAAUGGAAAUUCAGGAGACCGGCUUUGUGCGUGUAUUCUGUGAUUCACAGCCCAUUUCAAUGCUAUCACCAGACGAUUCCAUUUAUUGCAUCGAAACGGUUGACGAUGAGACCGGCAAGGUAAAAUCAACAACAGCCACAACAACAACAACAACAGCAACAACGACCAACACCACCACCACAACCACCACCACAGCUAACGACGAUACAACGACCAAAUUAACACUAAUUUUAACGAAUGUCAAGCGUUUAUCGCCCAAAGACAAUGAUGUGCAACGCUUUAGCACACCGUUUUGUGUUCAAGUUAAUCGUGAUAUUUCAUAUACCGAACUACAGAAAUCUUUGUUGAAAGAGAUGCGUGCAAUUUUAAAAUCGGACGUUUUCACUUAUGCAACACCAACGACAGACAUGUUUAAAAUUCGGCUACAAGAUCCAUCGGCCGAUCCAGAUACUUACAUCGAACCAAAUGUUGAACAUCCUCUCUUCACCGAAAUGAUUGAUUUAGCAUUAUCAGUAUUGCCAGUUGAUUCUGGCCCACAACAUGUCAAAUUACUGCUGGAAUGGAACGAACCCGAUGAAUUUUUCUGUGAUACAAGCGAUGCAUUUGUCGAACACGAGAGUGUAUCUCAACUUCAGAAUAAAAUCAAAGGAGAUACAACCCUAACGCUGGAACAAUGUUUAGAGCAUUAUACAAAGGCGGAAACAUUGAGCGCGGAGGAUGCAUGGCGUUGUCCACAUUGCCAAAAAUACUUGCCCGUUGUUAAAACGCUUGGUCUAUGGUCACUUCCCGAUAUUCUUGUGAUUCAUUUUAAGCGAUUCCGGCAACAGCACACCAAAGGGCCACAAUCAGCAAAACUAACCACCACCGUACAAUUUCCAUUGACCAAUUUUGAUAUGUCGCCGCAUUUGGCGCGCGAAACCACCAACACUACUAAUACUAACGGAUUCAUGACUGAAGACAAUUGGAGCCCGUGGCGUAAGCUCAAGCGAAAAGAUUUGAAAGACGAUUUAAGGAACAAUCGGUAUGACUUGUAUGCAGUUUGUUAUCAUCAGGGUGAUACACUCGAGACCGGUCAUUAUACGGCAGCUUGCAAAAAUCCAUACGAUCAUCAAUGGUACAAAUUUGAUGAUCAGCGCGUGAGUGUGGUGCCGAGUGACAAAGUACAAGAUGAGAUUGUAAACAAUGAGGCUUAUAUUUUAUUCUAUCAACGCCGUAAAGUUGAUUCGGCCGAGUGCUCAGGUUCGAAUUCAAGUACAAGUGAACAUUGGCUGUCAAAGAUGACAUUGCCACCAGAACCAAGUACAUUGACCACAAUAAUAAGCUCGGAAACGAAGAAAGAAGAUGUGGACAAAUUGCCGGAAACAUCUGAAAAGCAUGAAAUCGAAGUAGGACCAGUAGCAGCCGUAGCAGCAACAGCAGCAACCGUAACGGUAACACAUUCAAACAAGGAGAUUCAAACGGAUGAAAGUGCAGCAACGGAGAAGAGUGUUGAAAGUGUGAAAGAAGCAACGACGCCAGAAGAAUGUAGUACUCCAAAUGGUGAUAGUUCGCCGGUGGUUAAGUCAUCAUCAUCAAUCAUCGAUGUGCCGGUCAAGGUUGAAUCGACCAAUGAAGAUGAAAUUGUUGACAUUGAAACGAUCGAAAGUGAAAAGAAAAUUGACAGCGAACCACCCAGUCCGAGCAAAGAACCAAAAUUAGAGGAAGAAAUUAAAACGGAUUCGUAUAAAAUUGAAGAUAAAAAGCCGAUUGCUAUUGAUGCGCUGGAGAAUGAUAUUGAUAUCGAGGUUGAACUUCGCAAUUUAACGGUUAAAAAGAGUGAAGGAGCGUUGAGUAUGUCGUUUCCAACACAACGAUCGCUAUGGCCAUUUGAAAAUCAUCAUAAUACCAUUCAUACAUAUACGCCGAUUUUGAGCCGCGGCAGUCUCAACUUCAAUGAAUUGCUAUCGAGCGAACGGAAUGCUCAUUUGAGACACUCACUGUCAACAUCACUUGGCCAUCAGCGCAGCUCAACGUCGUCGGAUAAAGCGAAACUAAUAAGCGUAGCCGCAAAUGAUACACUGGCCAUGGUCAGAGGUGUGAGUUCGUGCAGCAAAGACACUCUUAUUUACAUCGAUCAACAAAGCCAUCAUCGAUCGCUUAUGGAUGAUGAGACGAAUUUCAUGGCGAAUCAACCUCUAUGGAUUUCACCAGUUACACCACAUAAACUAAUAACCGUUUCACCAAAGAACUAGUGGGUUCAUUAAACCUAGAAGCAUUGAGCAGCUACAUCGAUUUUUGGACCGAUUCCAGAUGUGACGCUCUUCUAUUGAGAGCCGCGACCAAUUAAACCGAAAUCUGCAGUUUGUGUUUCAUCACAACAUCCUAAAAUUGUAUACGUUCACACACAUUCAAAAUGUUCCAAAUGAUUUUUUUUUUGUUUUUUUCUGAAGAGAUACAAUUUAUUAGAGUUUACGUUAAGCGUGAAAUCACAAUCAAAAAAUGAACAGAACCAAUCUAUAUAAUUUUUUUUUUUUUGAAUAGUUUAUGAUUUUUCUUGUAAAGUUAAUUUAUGAUAUUUUUUUUCUUGUGAAAAAUAUAUUGCCUUAAAAACUUACGCGUCAUUUAGUUUGCGAUAAAA